AUGCGAACAUAUAUAUGGUGGCUUUGGAUUAGUUUGGCAGGCGUAUGGGCGGAUUGUGAUUUUAUCAGACUUUCUAAAAGGAGCCAGGGUUUGCAAUAUGACGAACAUGCCCUCCCUCAAUAUGCGGAUAUCGCGGCCCAGCUUUCCCUGUGUAAAACUCCACAAGCUGAAGCUCUGCGCCAUCAAUUGCUUUACAAGAGUGGGCUCAUCCAGAUAUCUAUUGGUGAUGAGUUGAGGGCCAUGGAAACGUUCCAAGAAAUCGUGAAUUCGGGAGAAACAUCGAAUUAUGUGCCACUGUCUCAAAAUAGACUUCAAGAAAUCUAUCAGCAGUUUGGGUUAUGGGAUAAAAUCGGGAGUUCACCUCUGCGUGAUCGUUAUAUUUCGCUCAUGGAGGCCCUCUCCUCGCAUGUGGACCGCGAGGAACAAGUUCCCAUAGAACUAAAGAACGAGCUUUUUGAUUUGUCACCAUUUUCUAUAGAGUUAAGGGUCCUGAUCAACGAUGCUCUGUACUAUGAACUUUCAAAAACCCUUAGCAUAAAUGUUGCGCAAUCUAUCAUCGAAAAUUAUAAAGUUGUGCUUGGCAAACACAGAAGGCAUGUUAGCGUCGCCGAAAAGCUUAAAAUAUAUACUUCAAUGUCGGCACUACAACUGUUUGUAAUGGCAGUUCCUCCUACCAACCUAAUGAGCUGCUUGGCAUUAGAUAUGGACUACAGACCGUGCCGCGAAUUGUCAAAAAUUGUUAGCAAGAUCAAUAGUGUCAGUCCACCAUUUGCAGCUAUCUCGCAUGCAGAUCAGUUUUUGGAGCUCAAUCACUUUCAGUGGGAUAAACUUUUGAAUUUCUAUGUUGGCGACGCGAAACUUAUAAAGUAUAAUGGUUUGGGGAAUGGUAAGAAUAAUUUAGGGCUUUUGCGUAGGCUUCAACAAGUGCUAUUAUCAGAUGUUCUUGCGAAUCGGCCACUUUCACAGAUCAAGCGAAAGUGGACCUUGCCUACAUCUGGAAGGUCUGCCCUCGAAGUUCUUCAGGAUCUUAUGUUAUGUGAGGCCUACGACCAAAUGCUCAACCUCAAGACUGCUGACGCCUAUUUCAAUGAUGUCGUAAGUGAAAAACUAUCUUCUGACGAACAAGCAAUACUAAAUGGAUUUGUUAAUAAUUUCCAGAGUAUGGAUAAUAUUAAUGAAGUACUUCACAACCUGUGGCAAGAUUUUCCCUCGCUUGCCCUUCAUGCUGUUCGGAAAAGUCUCAAAACAUUAUUAAGUCGCGGAAAGAAUGUUGGCGGAAGUGACAGGGAUCAAGUGUGGGCCCUCCUGGAAAACUUUGCAAAAAAUCACAAUUGGGAAACCUCUUCAAAUGAAGGGGUCGUCGGAGCCCUGCGAACAAUCGCGUCUCAUACCAAGAGAAUCAGAGAAGAACAAGCAAAAUUCCAACAACAACGACAACAACAACAGCGACAACAGCAUAAUUUUUUCAGGCAGCAGCAGCAGCACAGUUCUCCUCCUGCUGCUAGCGAUUUGUCGAAAAAGGAUCUAUACAAGGUUUUAGGAUUGUCACAACAUGCUUCCGCUAAAGAUAUACGAAAAUCAUACCUGACAUUUACCAGGAAGUAUCAUCCGGAUAAACAAGGUCAACUCACAGUUAAAGAGAAACAGAAGAACGAGGAGAAGAUGUCACAGAUAAAUGAGGCCUAUGAAAUUUUGAGUAACGAGGAAAAACGUAAGGAGUACGAUCUUCAGAGAACAGGUAGCAGGGGCCAUCAAAGGCGCCGGGCUUCAUUUUCUAAUGGGGGAGGAUUUCCUUUCGGAGGUGGCAACUUCAAAAUGAAUUUUGGCGGAUUUAGCUAA